UGGUUUCCUGUGCUUGGAUCUCUCAGAUGAGUCAAUUUGAUCCCAUUUCAUUUAACAAAAAUCCGUGGUUCAUUCAUUUUCCUUGUUUUAUGUUAAUUUAAUAUUAAAUAUGAUUUUGACAGUGAUUUUAUUUAUUUUACGGGGAACUCCAAUUUGGGCUUAUAACAUCCACGAAAAGCCAUCGUUAAUGCUGCAGGACUCGACAUUCUCUUAUUUUGGAUAUAGUAUUCUCCUACACGCUCAACAUAAUCACGCUAAAUCAUGGUUGAUUGUUGGAGCCCCGAAAUCGAAAUUAGCAUCAGUAGCAGAACCAGGUCUAGUAUACAAAUAUAAUUUGCAAUUGGAAAAAUCUCAACCUGUGCGAAUUCAACCUAAGGAGCUCACCGAAGAAAAGGAUUUCAUUAGUUCAGUCAAUCAUGAUUUGCUCAUAAGAAAGGAUUAUGGCUGGUUCGGCGCUUCCAUGUCUAUAGACCCUGGCGCUAGUAUUUUAACAGUCUGCGCGCCGCGAACUAUGAUUACUCUUUACAGUUCCACCACGAAAUUCCAAAGCAUGCACGGCGUUUGUUACAGCGGGAAUAUAACAGCGGAUAGACUCGAAUUGGAUGAUCAAAAUUUUGCAAAUCACGAUUUUACAUCAGAAUUUUGGUACAAUCCCAUCCAUGGAUUCUCAGUGCAUUAUCCAAUGGUUUUAGCGGGUACAUCCAAUGCAAUGAUAACUGGAUCACCGCGGGAGGAAUUAGUUGGUAGUGUCUUCAUAAAAGGCCAAAGCAGAUCAGUUUACAUGUCGAAACUUGAUGACAAUUCAAUGUUCGGAUACGCUGUUUCCUCAGGAUAUUUUUUUAACAGACAACAAUUGUUGUACGCUGGAAGUGCGCCUGGAUUUAAUUUAGUUGGAUGGGUGGCCAUCGUAGAUCCAACUACAAAUCCAGGAAUUGUGCUUGCUGAAUUUGACGGGACAAUGAUCGGAGAAUUCUUCGGUGGUAGUUUAGCAGCUUGUGAUCUAAAUAAUGAUGGGCUUGAUGAAAUUAUUAUUGGAGCCCCACACUGGGGACAAGAUCAUGGCAGAGUUUAUAUUUACUUAGGCAAUUCAGAAUCGACAUUCGAAGAGGCAGAUGUGAUUUUGAAUGGGUAUAAGGAGGGUAGCUUUUUUGGAUAUUCCUUGAGUUGUGGAGAUCUAGAUAUGGAUGAUUUUGAUGAUUUAAUUGUGGGCGCCCCAUGGGAAGACAACGGAGUUGUUUACAUCUUCAAUGGUGACUCUUCACUCAAAUCGAAAUUCGAAAUUGCCUCCCAGAAAAUUACAGUCACAUCACCCGCUAUGACUUUUGGAUUUUCUUUGGCAAAACCUGUGGAUAUUGAUUUUAAUGGAUUUCCAGAUUUAGCAAUUGGUGCAUUUAAAUCUAAUUACGCUAUGGUAUUAAACAGUCGUCCUGUAGUGAAGUCUAAUGUGCGAGUAACGACGAUUCCCUCUUCAUUGGACACAAAUUCAACGUUUUUCAUAGUCCAAAUUUGUGUGAAUCACACGAGAAUGGGUUCAUUGAGUCAUGAAAGUUUUGAUUUAACUAUCAAUAUCGACGAGAAUCUCAAUCGUGUCAAGAAAUCACAGCUAUUUUUGUCAUAUCCUUCGUGGUCCGGUGACACAGAAACAACUGUGUGUUUCAAUCAAACGGCCAAUUUAACGGAAACAAUUCUCAAUUAUAUAGAUCCAAUUCCAAUAACAGUAAUUCAUACCUACGGAAACUUCAGAGUUAUAGAUAAUGGAAGUGUGGUUGCAUGCAGUCUCUGUCCCAUGGAACACGAUGGAUCCUCGAAAUCUCACGAUAUAAAUAUCUCCUUCAAGAUUGGCUGUGGAGAGGAUGAAAUUUGUACCUCGUUAAUAUCUAUUACUGGUUCUUUUCAUUAUGCGAGUAAUGGAAGAACUCUUGAAAAUAAUACUUGGAUCGUUGGUUCUAAGGAUAUAAAUUUACAAGUGAUUCUAGCAAAUACUAAAGAACCAGCUUAUUCGGCAGUUUUAGUGUUAACAUUGCCGAAAAACACUUUCUUGCGGAGCAUACUAGAUUCUUGCAAGGAGGAGGUUGACAAUGGCAUUGUCAAAGUCAUCUGUGCUUUAAAUAAUCCAUUAGUGGUCAAUCAAAAUAAAACAUUAAUUUUUGAUUUAAAUAUGAACGAAGUUAACAACGGUUCACUGGAUGGCACUAAUUUGACUUUUACCGCAAGGGUGACAACUCGAAGUCGCCAGUUAGGCGAUUCAGUAAUGGUAUUUCCGGUUUUUCUCAGAUCCAAUGCGUCUCUCACCUUAGAAGGGCAUGCAAAUGAGCGUAAUUACGAUCUUCCUGUUGAGUUCAGCGCUCAAAAUAUUUCAUUCGAACAUUUGUAUAAAAUUUCAAAAUUCGGAUUCACGCCUGUCCCAAAUACAAAACUGAUAGUGAAAGUACCUUAUCGAGUUAAGGAUAGGAAGUUUCUCGCUAUAACGAAUGCCCCAAUGAUCACGGUGUCUGGGAAAUCUUAUCGCUGUUAUACCCAUGAUGUUCCUGUCAUACAGAACAAACAGCAUUCAUUCAUUCGCAAGGUCAUUGGGCCAGAUGAAACUGAUAAAUCCGAAUUGAACGCACAUAGCAAUCUCUCCCGGUUAACGAGGAGUCCAGAUUCUUUUCUGCAAUCAUUAUUACUAUCAAAUGUCACUACUUUGUUAAAUAACACAGCACGAUUUUUCACAUCAGCCACCCCCGGACCUAAUUUGCGGACCGUCAACUGCUCUUCGACAAACGUUCAAUGUGGCACAAUUAUUUGCAAAAUCGCUGUUUUGAGUGGCGAUCACGACAGCACUAGCUUGAGAUUACAGUACUCCAUAAGCAUUUCGCAAUUGAUGGGGGAUGAAUGGUUGAAUAAUGAUGGUCAUAUUAUUGAGUUUAUUUCAGAGGCGUGGGUGGAUAUUCAAGAACCAGUUAAUUGGGCAGUUCGAGGAAUAGGAAAUGUCACAAAAGUUACGACAACGUUUAUAAAAAUCAAUCCACCUCGCAGAGUGAAUGUUUGGAUAAUAGUCGGAUGUAUUUUGUUGGGAUUGUUGGCAUUAUUUCUAAUUGCAAUUGGCUUGAGACAGAUGGGUUUUUUCCGAAGACAAAAGAAAGAAGAGAUGAAUGAAAUAAAGGAGCACGACAGUCAUAAGGAUACUAGACGUCUGUCUGACACCAAUUUCUGAAAAUUGAUAAGUGUCGUUGAUAAAUGAAGUAAUAACUACAAUUUGUGGAAAGUUAAUUUAUUUCAUUAUUUUAUUAUCUAUUUUAUUCAUAGUUGUUGUAUCAUACAGUGCCACCAAUUUGCAAGCAACGGGUGUCAUCAACAGGUCUGCGUAUUUAAAUAGACACUCUGUGUUCACUACUUUACCCCCAAAAUUUGUAUGUACAUUUAGAUGAAAAAAAGGAAAUUUUUUUUUAUAAACAAGGACGUACACAAUAAAAUUUCGUACAACUUUUGCAUUCCUCUUGUAACUGAGCACUUAUUAGUCAAAGAGUAAUACCACUUAAUAUUUCACUCUGAAAUUCGAGAAUCCAAUUCAAAAUGAAUCAAUCAAUUAAGUAAUGUUAUGUAACAAAUACAGAUAUUUGUCAUUAUCUUCUUAGAAAGGUGUCUUCUGGCGCGAAGACUGGCUCAUGUAAUGCAGCAGUUAUAUCAUCAUUGCCUUAAUCAUUUUUGAACAUUGCAAUAAUUUUAAACUUAAAAAAAAAA